AUGGUUUCUAUACUUAAAAGUGCAGGUGAAUUCGAGAAACAAAUCGCAGGUGCCGGUGACAAAUUGGUGGUUCUGGAUUUUUAUGCCACCUGGUGUGGUCCCUGCAAAGAAAUGGAGCCUCAUAUACGCAAAUUGAUUAAACACUAUAAGGAUCGCGCCAUUGUCAUUAAAAUCAAUGUCGACAAGUUUCAGGAUAUCUGUGAUUAUUACAAAGUUCGUAGUAUGCCGACAUUUGUUUUUAUCAAAAAUCAGAGACGCGUAUCCAGUUUUGCGGGAGCUGAUGCAAAAUUGCUUACACAAAAAAUGGCUUCAUUAGUUAAAUAA